UUCAUUUUCCUUUCACCCUAACUUUUUCAUCAGAUUUAUCAACAACAUGGAACCCAGAAAUCACACAGAUGUUUCAGAAUUCCUUCUCCUGGGAUUGACAGAUGAUCCAGAAAUUCAGUCCUUCUUAUUCUGCCUGUUCCUGUCCAUGUAUCUGGUCACCAUCUUGGGAAACCUGCUCAUCAUCCUUACUGUCAGCUCUGACUCCCACCUCCACACCCCAAUGUAUUUCUUUCUCUCCAAUCUAUCUUUUACUGAUAUCUGCAUAAGCACAACUACAAUUCCAAAGAUGCUGCUGAACAUACAAGCCCAUAAUCAGGGCAUCACUUAUGUAGGUUGCCUCACUCAGAUUGGCUUUGUCUUGGUGUUUGGUGGAUAUGAGAAUUUUCUCCUUGUAGCAAUGGCCUAUGACCGCUAUGUGGCCAUUUGUCAGCCACUGCUGUACACGGUCAUCAUGAACCCCCAACUCUGCGGCCUGUUGAUUCUACUGUCUCUGUUUCUUAGCACUGUGGUUGCCUUGCUCCAUAGUGUGAUGGUGUUUCAGCUGUCGUUUUGCAAGGACCUGGAAAUCCCUCACUUCUUCUGUGAACUUGCUCAGGUCCUCAAGCUUGCUUGUUCUGAUACACUCAUCAAUAACAUCAUAAUAAAUUUUGUGACUGGCCUAUUUGGUGGUAUUUCUCUCUCUGGGAUCAUUUUCUCUUAUACUCAAAUUGUCUCUUCCAUUUUGAGAAUGCCAUCAGCAGAGGGGAAGCUUAAAGCUUUUUCCACCUGUGGUUCUCACUUCUUAGUUGUUUCCUUAUUCUAUGGGACUGUUUUUGGAGUGUAUCUUAGUUCUGCAGUUACUGAAUCUUCCAGGAAGACUGCGGUGGCUUCAAUGAUGUACAUUGUUCUUCCCCAAAUGAUGAAUCCCUUCAUCUACAGCCUGAGGAACAGGGACAUGAAGAGAGCCUUGAGAAAAUUUAUCAGUGGAAUAUCUUCUUUUCUGAUAUUGUUUCAUCUACUUAGAGCUAGGGUUUCUAGAAUGAAGCAAAGUGAUAGGAAUCCUAGGUGA